AUGCUUGCGAUGGUUGUGUGCCACGUGCUGUGCGUCCUUGUCGUCACGCUGUGCUGUUCGGUCGGCUGUGUGGCGGCUGGUGGUACAACUCUAGAUAAUAAGGGAGAGACACGUGAACAGUUUCUGGAGCGUGUGAAUAAGACAGCCAUGGCUACCAGGGAGAAAGUGCAGACAAUCGAGGAAGCCGGAGAGAAGGCGAGGAGGACUGCGGCAAUAGCUGCUGAUAAGUCGAUCCUUGCGCUCCGGAAAACCAGAGCACUUCACCAGGCUGUGAGGGCAUUGUACGUCCCAAAAGUAGUUCGUUGGACAGAGGUUCGAAUGAAAAACAUUGUGGACCUUGCAACGGACGCAGGGGAAGCGUUGGACAGAGCACAUAGUGCGAUUAGUGCCACGGGAGAAGCUUCCGCGCCUUUCACCAACCUGGCGGCAGAUGCAUACAGUCAGGCCAAUAAAUUACGACGAAGUGUGGACAGGAAAAAAAUUGUCUUUGGCCCGAAAUCAUCCGAGAUGACGUCGAACGCAUGGAAUCAAAUGGAUGCAGUGUGUGAUUUUUUAAAAGUGUCCUCAGACCGUUCUUACGAGGCGUUUAAUGCUGCAGUGCUUGCGGUAAAGAGUGCCGGCAAUGCAUCCCGGAGAGCUAAGCAGGUGAAAAAAGACAUCCGGAAUCUGCAUGAAGACCGUGCGCGGAAAGAAGGCAUUCCACAAUUCGUGUUAUCUUCCAGGGGGGCAAUGGCGAUGGCGAAGCAGACAGUGGAGUUGGCUGUGAAGGUAUUCAACGGCAAUGAUGCAGCAGUGAAGAACGCCACGACGGCUCUCGAGCAUGCUGGUACAAUGAUGAGCUUCAUUGGAGCAGCGUGGAGAGUCCGGGACGAAGAAGCCAGCGCUACUCCUCCAAUUCCGGCACCUCGCUCUCCUUCAGAAUCAACUACCGAUGAGACGCAGCAAGCUUCACUUGAGAAUGAUCCUAAGCGGGGUGAGCACAGCAAUACUCUCACUGCCGUCCAGAACUCUGAACAGGAGCAGCCACUCAACACACCUGCUUUUGCGGUGUGGUCUCCCGCCGCUACGGAACACCAGGAAUCCCAGGAGGCAAUCGGAGAUAUCUCAGACCACACGGAUAGCAAGUUGGAGGCAAACUCUCUGAAAACAGUUGGCAGCAGCACCCGAGAUGUCACGGACACGAUGGACCCUUCUACAGAGGUCUUUUUCAGAGAAGCGUUGGAGAACAUCAAGCAUGAAGACUUCGCGGACGCUGAUGAGGCUGACCCUCACGUCGAUCUCUCCGAAGCUGGCAUCACGACUAUCGACUCAGAGCCACUGCAAGCAGGACCAUUGGAGAAGAAGACAGAUGCAGAAUCCAUAAGGAACGGUGGUUCUCAGGCUGCUGGUGCACCAUUGGCAGGGCCCAACAGCAAUGCAGACACUACCGUGCGUGAUGCUUGGAGUGCGGACAGCACUGUCAGUCCUUCGUGGGUGCGCACACCGUUGCUGCUGGUGGUGGGUGUGCUGGGCCUCCUGGCUGUGUGCUGA